AUCCCGCGCAGCAUGCCAGCCCGCGCCCCGCCGCGCCGCCCGCGGUCUCCGCCGCUGUCGCUGCUGCUGCUGCUGCUGGCCCUGGGCGGCCGCCGCCUGCGCGCCGAGCCUGGGGACGGCGCGCAGACCUGGGCCCGCUUCGCGCGCCCUCCGGUCCCCGAGGCCGCCGGCCUCCUCCACGACACCUUCCCCGACGGCUUCUUCUGGGCCGUGGGCACCGCCGCCUACCAGACGGAGGGCGGCUGGCAGCAGCACGGCAAGGGCACGUCCAUCUGGGACACGUUCACCCACCAACCCCCAACGCUCCCAGGCGCCCUCCCGGUAGCCGGUCUGCCGUCGGGCGCCCCUGCCACCGGGGACGUGGCCAGCAACAGCUACAACAACGUCUUCCGCGACACGGAGGGGCUGCGUGAGCUCGGGGUCACCCACUACCGCUUCUCCAUCUCAUGGGCGCGAGUGCUCCCCAAUGGCACCGCGGGCGCCCCCAACCGCGAAGGGCUGCGCUACUACCGACGCCUGCUGGAGCGGCUGCGGGAGCUGCGAGUGCAGCCCGUGGUCACCCUGUACCACUGGGACCUGCCCCAGCACCUGCAAGACACCUAUGGCGGCUGGGCCAACCGCACCUUGGCCGACCACUUCAGGGACUUUGCCGAGCUCUGCUUCCGCCACUUUGGCGGCCAGGUCAAGUACUGGAUCACCAUCGACAACCCCUAUGUGGUGGCCUGGCACGGCUACGCCACCGGGCGCCUGGCCCCCAGCGUCCGGGGCGGCGCUCGGCUCGGGUACCUGGUGGCGCACAACCUUCUCCUGGCUCAUGCCCAAAUCUGGCAUCUUUACAAUACUUCUUUCCGUCCAGCUCAGGGGGGCCAGGUGUCCAUUGCCUUAAGUUCCCACUGGAUCAAGCCUCGAAAGAUGACAGACCACAGCAUCAAAGAAUGUCAAAAAUCUCUUGACUUUGUUCUAGGCUGGUUUGCCAAACCCAUAUUUAUCGAUGGUGACUAUCCUGAGAGCAUGAAGAAUAAUCUUUCGUCUCUUCUGCCUGCUUUUACUGAACCUGAGAAAAAGUUCAUCAAAGGAACAGCUGACUUUUUUGCUCUUUCCUUUGGACCAACCUUGAGUUUCCAGCUAUUGGACCCUCACAUGAAGUUCCGCCAACUAGAAUCCCCCAGCCUGAGGCAGCUGCUGUCCUGGAUCGACCUGGAAUAUGACCACCCUCAAAUAUUUAUUGUGGAAAACGGCUGGUUCGUCUCAGGGACCACCAGGAGAGACGAUGCCAAAUAUAUGUAUUACCUCAAAAAAUUUAUAAUGGAAACCUUAAAAGCCAUCAGACUGGAUGGGGUGGACGUCAUCGGGUACACAGCGUGGUCCCUCCUGGACGGCUUCGAGUGGCACAGAGGCUACAGCAUCAGGCGCGGACUCUUCUAUGUCGACUUCUUGAGCCAGGAGAAGACGUUGUUGCCGAAGUCUUCGGCCUUGUUCUACCAACAGCUGAUAGAGAAAAAUGGCUUUCCUCCUUCACCUGAAAACCAGCCCCUAGAAGGGACCUUUCCCUGUGACUUUGCUUGGGGAAUUGUUGACAAGUACAUUCAAGUCGACACUACCCUGUCUCAGUUUACCGACCCGCACGUUUACCUGUGGGAUGUCCACCACACUAAGGGGCUCAUUAAGGUGGAUGGCCUUGUGACCAAGAAGAGGAAACCCUACUGCGUGGACUUCGCUGCCAUCCGGCCCCAGAUCGCCCUGCUCCAGGACAUGCACGUGACGCAUUUCCACUUCGCACUGGACUGGGCGCUGAUCCUCCCGCUGGGCGACCCGUCCCGGGCCAACCGCUCGGUGCUGCACUUCUACCGCUGCAUGGCCAGCGAGCUCGUGCGUGCCAACAUAACGCCCGUGGUGGCCCUGUGGCGCCCUGCCGCCCUGCACCACGGCCUGCCGGAGCCGCUGGCCAAGCGGGGCGCCUGGGAGAACCCCCACACGGCCCUCGCUUUUGCAGAGUACGCCAGGCUGUGCUUUCAAGAUCUCGGCCCGCACGUCAAGUUCUGGAUCACGAUGAGCGAGCCGCACACGCGGAACAUGACCUACAGCGCGGCGCACACGCUGCUGAAGGCCCACGCGCUGGCCUGGCGGCUGUACGACGCGCGGUUCCGAAGCGCGCAGCGGGGGAAGAUUUCCAUCGCCCUGCAGGCCGACUGGGUGGAGCCCGCCUGCCCCUCCUCCGCCCGGGACCGCGACGUGGCAGAGCGCGUCUUGGAAUUCGACGUUGGCUGGCUGGCCGAGCCCAUCUUCGGCUCCGGGGAUUAUCCACGCGUGAUGAGGGACUGGCUGAACCAGAGGAACAAUUUCCUUCUACCUUACUUCACUGAAGACGAAAAAAAGCUUAUACGGGGUUCCUUCGACUUUCUGGCUUUAGGCCACUACACCACCAUCCUCGUAGACUGGGAGAAAGAAGAUCCCGUAAAAUAUAACGAUUACCUGCAAGUGCAAGAAAUGACGGACAUCACGUGGCUCAACUCCCCGGACCAGGUGGCCGUGGUGCCCUGGGGCUUGCGCAAGGCCCUGCGCUGGCUCCAGCGGAAGUACGGAGACCUCCCCACCUACGUCCUCUCCAGCGGCGUGGACGACGACCCGCAAGCCAGCCACGACCGGCUGAGGGUGCACUACCUGCACAACUAUGCAAACGAGGCUCUCAAAGCUUACAUACUGGACGGGGUCAACCUCCGCGGCUACUUUGUGUAUUCAUUUACCGACCGCACAGCUCCGAGGUUUGGCCUCUACCGUCACGCUGCCGGUCAGUGGGAGCCCAAACCGUCCGUGAAGCAUUACCGGAGAAUGAUCGACAGCAACGGCUUCCCGGGCCCCGGAGCCCUGGGCAGAGUCUGUCCGGAAGAACUCGCCCUGUGCACUGAGUGUAGCUUCUUCCACACCCGAAAGAUGUUACUAGCUUUCCUAGCUUUCCUCCUCUUUGCUUUUAUUAUUUCGCUUUCUCUUAUUUUUUACUACUCUAAGAAAGGCAGGAGACAUUAUAAAUAG